AUGAGCGCCGAUGUUAUUUUGGACGUAAUCUCCGUGGUGCUACAAAGUAACGCUGAGUUUUUCACCAGCGAUUAUUUGUCAAUCCAAGUGGACCGCGUGCGCCCCCCAGCUGGAUACGGUACGUCUGCUAUCAACGGAAAAGCCGUGAGUUUUAAUGAGUACAGCGUUACCAAAAAUAGUAUAUACGUUAUCGACAACCAAGGCACCGAUUGUCUUGGUAUGGCGCUAGUUGUGGCCAAAAUGUACUGCGACAGCAACAACGACCGAAAAUCCUUGAAACAAUUUUCGCAAGCUCGUGGAAAAAUAUUAUUGCAAACUCUUGCUGCGGAAUUGUGUCGCGCGAGUAAUGUCUGUUUAAUUAACGGUGGAAAUUACGUUCAACUUAACGAUUUCCAAGAGUACUUGUCUGACUAUACCAUAGUGGUAUAUAGCAGUCGCGUAGGCAAUUCUGUUUAUUUUGAGGGUCCCCGUGCCCCGGGUAAAAAAUGUCUCAAUCUGAUAAUGGAAAACAAUCAUUACAAUGUAAUUUUAAGCCUUACAGGCGCCUUUUCUACACAGUAUUUCUGUGAGCUUUGUCGCGUACGAUAUUCCAGAGGAGAUCGCCACAAAUCUUGUCCGUACAUAUGUCCGUGUUGUCACGCUAGUCCUCCUUGUAAUAUUAACGACAACGGCGAAAAUAUUUUAAAAUGUCGGUCAUGUUUAAGAUGUUUUCGGGGUCGUAUAUGUCUUGAAAAGCAUAUCGCCGCUAAAUUGUGUGAAAAAUUAAAAAAGUGCCAUAUCUGUCACAAACAUAUUUGGGUUAAUAAAAAAACCAAUCAUAUUUGCGGUGUAUCCCGAUGUAGCACAUGUCGUGCUGAUAAACCAGUUCGACAUUUCUGCUAUAUGCAGCCUAACCGGGCGUCUUUAGGCAAAGCUGAAGAAAACGUUCACGAUUUUUUGUUUGUGUUUUACGAUCUAGAAACUACUCAGGACAAACAAAUUAGAGAAGGCAUGUUUUUACACGAACCCAAUUUGUGCGUUAUCCAAAAAGCAUGCCGUAUUUGUAUUUUGAUUGACGACGUUAAUGGUAAUUGUUAUAAUUGCGGGCAACGUCAAUUAAUUUACAAAGAGGACCCUGUAGAUAGGUUGCUAGAACAUGUAGCCGAAAUGUCGAAAAAGUUUAAAGUUACGGCUAUAGCGCAUAAUAUGAAAGGUUUCGAUGGGAGUUUCCUUUUGCAAAAAAUGUUCGACAAUGUCAGCCGAUGGUGUCCCGAGGUGAUCCGGACUGGGACAAAACUAAUGUCGAUUACCUGUGGCACGUCGAUAAGAUUCAUUGAUAGUUUGAACUUUAUUCAAUUGCCGUUGUCGCGUUUUCCAUCGGCCUUCAAAAUACAAGGUUGCAAGGGGUAUUUUCCCCACUACUUCAAUAAAUCCACCAAUAAAAAUUAUGUAGGAACUAUUCCUGAAAAAUGUCACUAUGGUUGCGAUUCAAUGAUGCCUGAUGAACGCGCUAGAUUUGUUAAUUGGCAUAAUGAGCAGAUCGAAAGUAAUGCAGUAUUUGACAUGGGUAAAGAAAUCGUUAAAUACUGCAUUCAAGAUGUGGAUUUAUUGCGGAAGGGUUGUUUGAAAUUUCGAGACUGCUUUAUUUCAGGGUACGGUAUCGACCCAUUCUUAGAAUCUUUAACAAUCGCGUCCGCUUGCAACCUUGUCUUCAGGAGAAACUUUUUGCAAAAGGACACCAUCGGGAUUAUUCCCAGGAACGGCUACCGGUGUGGUGAUAACCAAUCUGAGGUGGCCAUUAAGUGGCUUACGUGGAUUGGUCAUUCAAAUAAUAUAGUUAUCAAUCAUGCUGCCAAUGGUCGUGAAACUCGUUUACCUGAAAAUAUUUUAGUUGAUGGUUUUUGCGAAGCGACAAACACGGUUUUCGAGUUUUACGGGUGUUGGUAUCAUGGUUGCGAAAAGUGCUAUUUUGAUCAGACAUGUAAGCUGUCGGACAAAAAAGAUGGACUUUUUAUCAAGCGCGAAGCCACCUUAGACAAGGAAUACCGCAUUAAGGCAGCCGGGUAUAAUUUAUUGACAAUCUGGCAGUGUCAAUAUGAGAAAGAAUUAAAAAGAAAUCCGGCGAUGCAAGAAUUUAUAAAUGCCAUACCGAGAACUAGAUGCCCACCGUUAAACCCUCGUGAUGCAUUUUACGGCGGUCGCACAAAUGCAUGUAAGCUGUAUUAUAACUGCACCUCCGACGACGAAAAAAUUAUGUAUUACGACGUGUGUUCGUUAUACCCCUACAUAAACAAAUACGGUAAAUACCCGAUCGGCCACCCUAUAAAAAUUUAUGUAGGGGAUAACGAAUGCCGGCAGGUCGAACUGCAAAGUGUCGAGGGAUUAAUUAAGUGUCUCGUACUACCUCCACAAAAUUUAUAUCACCCUGUACUUCCGUACAGGUGUAAUAACAAACUGACGUUCCCUUUGUGCCGUACUUGUGUUGAAGGUUUAUUACAGACUGAAUGCACUCACGCAGAAAGCGAACGGCAGUUUGUUGGUACUUUCGUGGCUGACGAAUUGCGAAAAGCCGUAGAACUGAGGUACAGAGUGAUAGAAAUUUUUGAAAUCUGGGAGUAUAAAACCGUAAUUUACGACAAAGAGACAAAUACACCCGGUCUCUUUUCUUCAUAUAUAAAUUGCGGUCUGAAAGGAAAACAGGAAAACAGCGGGUUUCCAGCGUGGUGUGACACUAAUGAAAAAAAAGAUAUGUAUAUAGCAUCCUAUUUCGAAAAGGAAGGUAUCUUACUCGAGAAAAACAAAAUUACGCAGAACAGCGGGAUGCGAUUUUUAUAUAAAAUCAUGUUGAACAGUUUUUGGGGCAAAUUCGGCCAAAAAGAAAAUGCCCCAAAGACUGAAAUUAUAAACAAAUCGAUAGACUUGUUUAAACUUCUAACUAAUCCGUCGGCGGAGGUGCAUAAUUUAACAAUAAUUAAUUCCGAGGUGGUGUUGGCAACAUGGAACAAGGUGGACGAAGAUAUAGACCCAUUAAAAACAGUUAAUGUCGUUGUUGCCGCGUACACAACCGCUGGCGCUCGAUUGGAGCUAUACAAAUAUCUGGAACGCCUAGAUCGUCGUGUCUUGUAUUUUGAUACAGACAGCGUCAUUUUUAGUCAAAAAAAUGGCGAGUGGAUGCCGCCAGUUGGUGAUUUUCUUGGCGAUUUGACCGACGAGCUAGGCGAGUACGGCGAUGGCAGCUUCAUAAGCGAGUUUGUCAGCGGGGGCCCAAAAAAUUAUUGUUAUAAAUUUUGGUCGUGCAAAGACCAGUCGUACAAGACUGUGUGCAAGGUGAAAGGAAUCACCCUAAAUUAUGAAACCUGUAAAAUUUUAAAUUUUAACAAAAUGAAAGAUAUGAUUUGUAAUAGAGAGGAUGAUGAGGAUGAUGAGAUUUUACGCUUAAAUUCUAGAGUUAUAGUAAGGAAUCCCAGAUACGAUGUGUUUACCAAGCACACAAUGCGCGCGCGCGUGUGUGUGUCGCUCCGCCCGCCCGCCCGCGCCGCCGCCCCUCCGCCCGCGCCGCCCCUCCGCUCGCGCCGCCCCUCCGCCCGCGCCGCCCCUCCGCCCGCGCCGCGCUCGCGUUCAUCCGUUCAACUCCGAUGA